UCCCGGCGGUCCCGGCCAUGGAGAGAGCGCGGCCGGCCACCGUCACCGUGUCCGCGGUGAGCCUCGCGCUCAGCGUGAUGGCGCUGCUGCUGCUCGUCACCGCCAUCUCCUCCGACCACUGGUACGAGACGGACACGCGCAGACACAAGGACAACUGCGACCGCCACGGGUCCGAUUCCAACGACCAGAAGAACCGAGAGAUGCCCAUCUACCACCUGCCGCUUGUGGACACCGGCAGCGGCGGCGCGCGGCCGCGGGACGUGGCGCACAUGAAGCCCGUGCACGUGGGCAGCCGCGAAGAGGAGCUGCUGGAGAACUGGCGGGCCAUCCUGGGGAUGGGCAUCCUGGAGACGGAGUGCGGCAGGCCGCUGUUCUCCGCGCACUCCGGCCUCUGGAGGAAGUGCUACUUCCGGGGUCUGGACCCGGACAUCGACAAGCUCAUCGACCGCGGUAUCGCUGAUCGCUGCACAGCUGUGAAGUAUCACUUCUCUCAGCCAAUCAGACUGAGGAACAUCCCUCUGAACCUGACGCGGACUAUCCAGCAGGACGAGUGGCAUCUGCUGCACCUGCGGCGUAUCACAGCAGGGUUCCUGGGCAUGGCGGCGGCCGUGCUGCUCUGCGGCAGCAUCGUGGCGUCCGUCGGCUUCUUCUGGGAGGAGAGUCUGACGCAGCACGUCUCCGGGCUGCUCGCCCUAAUGGCAGGGAUCUUCUGCACCAUCUCUCUGUGUACGUACGCGGCCAGCGUGACCUACGACCUCUCCAGGAACCCGCCCUUCAUCUACGGGCUGCCGGCCGAUGUGAACCACGGGUACGGCUGGUCCAUCUGCUGCGCCUGGGCCAGUCUGGGCCUCACCGUGGCAGCCGGCUGCCUCGGUACCACCUUCCCCUUCCUGAGCCGGGCCGGAGCUCUGCGCUCCAAAACCGCCCGCGAGUCCUCGGUCUGA